UAGCCCAUAAUUGAUCAUUUUUUUACCGACAGACAACAAAAUGACGCGUCGCGUGCUGUCACAAGAGGCCCAAAAUAUCACUUUUGAGACGAGUGAAGAGGUGGACGUAACCCCAACAUUUGACUCACUUUCUCUCAGAGAAGACCUCAUUAGAGGAAUUUAUGCAUAUGGAUUCGAAAAACCAUCUGCAAUCCAGCAAAGAGCCAUCAAACCAGUUGUAAAAGGCAGGGAUGUAAUUGCACAGGCUCAAUCUGGUACAGGAAAGACUGCCACCUUUUCUAUUUCCAUUCUACAAUGUCUAGACACACAGCUCAGAGAAACACAAGCAUUGGUGCUGUCUCCAACAAGAGAAUUGGCCACACAAAUUCAAAAGGUUAUCCUAGCCUUGGGUGACUAUAUGAGUGUCCAGUGUCAUUCCUGCAUUGGUGGGACUAAUGUUGGAGAGGAUAUUAGAAAACUUGACUUUGGUCAACACGUAGUCUCGGGGACACCUGGCAGAGUGUUUGACAUGAUCAGGAGAAGAAAUUUGAGGACGAGAGCCAUCAAAAUGCUGGUCCUGGACGAAGCAGAUGAAAUGUUGAACAAAGGCUUCAAGGAACAGAUCUAUGAUGUGUACAGGUACCUUCCUCCUGCAACCCAAGUAGUACUCUUCAGUGCCACAUUACCGCACGAGAUCUUGGAAAUGACCAGCAAAUUCAUGACAGAUCCAAUCAGAAUCCUGGUCAAACGUGAUGAAUUGACCUUGGAGGGUAUCAAGCAGUUCUUUGUUGCCGUGGAGAGGGAAGAAUGGAAGUUUGACACGUUGUGUGACCUCUACGAUACACUCACCAUCACACAGGCUGUCAUCUUCUGCAACACAAAGAGGAAGGUUGACUGGUUGACUGAAAAGAUGCGGGAAGCGAACUUCACGGUGUCGUCCAUGCAUGGCGACAUGCCACAGAAAGAGAGAGAAGCCAUCAUGAAGGAAUUUAGAUCAGGGGCUAGUCGUGUCCUUAUCACUACCGAUGUAUGGGCCAGAGGUCUAGAUGUUCAGCAAGUGUCCUUGGUUAUCAACUAUGAUCUGCCAAACAACCGUGAACUCUACAUCCACAGGAUUGGUCGUUCGGGUCGUUACGGACGUAAAGGUGUUGCUAUUAACUUUGUGAAGAGUGAUGACAUCAGGAUUCUGCGUGACAUAGAGCAGUAUUACAGCACACAGAUUGAUGAAAUGCCCAUGAAUGUUGCUGAUCUCAUCUAGACUGGAAAGGUGCUACAGAGAUGAUUUACCUUCGUGAUCCAUUGCGUCAUCAGUAGUCCAUGCGCCCAUUCCAUGAAUCUUUCUAUUGUAUUCACCGUGCUAUCGGUGGUAACUACUAUGGUAACGGGGCUCAGCAGCCAAUCAGAAGCAAGGUUGCCAUGGUGACAGGGCUCAGCAGCCAAUCACAAUCAAGGUUGCCAUGGUAACAGGGCUCAGCAGCCAAUCAGAAUCAAGGUUGCCGGGGUAGUCACCAUGAUAGCACAGUUAAAUAUAAGAGUAAGUUUUCAUGCAACAGGACCCAGGCUAGUUCCACACAGGUGGUGCCCACUGCAAAAUUGAUCAUUGAAUCAAAGGAAUUGUCCUCUUUGAUUGUCCCAUAAUUCAAUUACAUUCAAUUCAUUCUGUUCUUGUCUCCUCCGAUACUGUUUCUGUCAUUAUUAUUGGUACAGUCCUACCAGUGAAACCGGCACCAAACAGACGGACCGAUGAUGGGUCAUCGAAAGUAAUGUUAUCGCUUUGGUCAGGCUGGGGUUUGUUUUUGCCGGUCUAUCUGUGGCGUAAGGUUAGCAUUAUUCUGUCAUAACUCUUGAGUUCUUUGUUCAACUAUAACCUAUAUCAGUGCUCUUGCUGUAUGUGGCAUUCUGUCACAUUUAGAUCAUAUUCAAUAAUUUUUAGUAUUCCACACAUAAAAAUGAGAUAUUGAUAUAUUUCAUCUGCUCAAGGCCAGCAAUAUUGGGAAUAAUGUUGCUCGGCAGACAGCAUUUUAGGAAAAUAAAGGAAGAGAUACAAAGUUAAAGGUCUAUUCAAUUUCUAUUUCAAUCCGUCAUUGGUAGAUUUGCAUGUGAUGGAGGAUAGGACGAUUAAAUAUUCAGUGCAUUUAAGUCACAGAACUAGCAUUUUGCUCUGUAUACCAUGUAGGUCAAUUAAUAGAUAAAAACUGUACAGUGUUGUAUAUAUAUUUUUACUAUUUUAUCUGUGGUUGAAGAUGUAAUAAGUUAUCUUGUUUCAAGAAGUUUGUCAUUGAAAGGUAACAUAUAUCCCAGGUAAAUCUAAACUAUCAAACAUUUCAGAAAAUUAUCUUUGUCAACUUUUUUUUAUUUUGUGUGACCCUACAAACUUUUCUGAUUCAGAAACAUUUUCAGAAACAAGAAAGUCAGUGAAAAAAAAGUUAUAUAUAUGCUAUUUGUAUAUAUUUUAAAGCAUAGAAAUUAUGAUUUGUUUAUCUUUAGCAAUGAAUGGGUGUUUUGCUGACAGUAUACAAGCUCAUUACAAGGUUAAGUUAAUAUACCACUUCUAAUUUUACAGAAAGGAAAACCACAUCUAAAACAAUCUUAGAGAGAUGUUUCUGUGCUAUUUUCAAAUUGCAUAGCAGGAGGGGGGGGGGAUAAAAGUUACCCCCCCCCCUUUUUUUUCCCGGACCUUUGUCUGACUCACAGGCCUGACUCACUCUGAAGUCGGUUUUAACUUAAACUCAGGUUUUAAAGUUGUGGUUUAAGUAUGGACAGCCAAUUGUUACAUAAUCACUAACAGUAGAGAUAUCAUACUUUCAGCUCAUUCGGCUCUCAAAUCAUUCAUAAUUGUGUAGGAAGUAUAAAUAGAUGAUUGUCUUCACCAUCGAUGAAUCAGGACAGGGCACAGUAAAUAUAAGAAACAUACAACUUAAUAAAAAUUUUGAUACUUUUGGCUUUCCAUACUUAAACCACAACUUUAAACCUGAGUUUAAGUUAAACCCGACUUCAGAAUACGGGGCCAAGGUGUCUAAAAUAUUACAAUGGAGAUUACAGACUACAUCCUCAAAUGUCUUAUUGUUCCUGAUCUGUUUGAAUCUUAACCUUUUUAUUAGACCCAGAAAAAGAGAUAUUUGUAAUACACAUCUAAGCAUUGUGUCAAUCGGAAAGUGUAGGAUGGGAUGUAUUCAGUUUACAUAGAUGUUUUUACAAAUAUUGUUAAAAUAGUUAUGUAACAUUCAUUAUAUUGCUGCCGUUGCAAUGAAAGGUUUCAUGAGAUUAUGGAUUUGAUCAAUAUUUUGAAUACCCCCUGUCAGUAGAAUUUUGUUUUCUUUUGUACAAUAAAAUGAUUUAAAAGUAUUUAA